AUGUCCUCCAGGGAACCAUCAUCAUAUGAGGAGGCAGCUAUUGAUCCUGCAUGGCAAGCUGCAAUGACACAAGAAUUUGAAGAUCUAUACUCUAAUCACACUUGGGACUUAGUACCUCUACCACCUAGGAAGCAAGCAAUAAGGUGCAAAUGGGUUUACAAGGUAAAGCAUAAAGCUGAUGGUAGUAUAGAAAGAUUCAAAGCUAGUGAAGAAACGGUGGUGUUAUCUCAGCUAGAUGUGAACAAUGCCUUCCUUCAUGGGGAUCUUAAUGAGGAAGUGUAUAUGCAAGUUCCACCUGGACUUGUUGUGGAUAAGCCAGGACUGGUUUUCAAGCUAAACAAGUCCCUCUAUGGCCUAAAACAGGCCAUAUAUGUAGAUGAUGUGUUGCUUACUGGGACUAAUCAGGAAGAGAUCAUACAAUUGAAGGCCUUCCUGCAUGAGCAGUUUAGGAUCAAAGAUCUGGGCCAACUGCAUUACUUCCUAGGCCUGGAGGUGAUGUACAAAGAUGAUGGUGUCAUAAUCUCUCAAAGGAAAUUUGUAUUGGACAUGCUGAAAGAGUACAAUUGCCUAGAUUACAAGCCUUGUUCCUCACCCUUAGAACCUACCAUAAAGCUAAAGGCCAAAGAAGGUACCAUCCUACAAGAUCCUACUUACUAUAGAAAGUUGGUGGGGAAACUAAAUUUUCUAACCAAUACUAGGCUGGACAUUGCAUAUAGUGUCCAACAUUUAAGUCAGUUCAUGCAAGAGCCCAGAGAACCUCAUUUGAAGGCAACAUUCCAUCUACUCAGGUACUUGAGAAAUGAUCCUACUUUGGGAAUCUUCAUGUCUAAAGAUGCAGACUGCACAGUCAAAGCCUACUGUGACUCUGACUGGGCCUGCCCAGGCUCCAGGAGAUCUAUUACGGGUUAUUUGGUACUUCUGGGCAACAGCCCUAUCAGCUGGAAGUCUAAGAAACUUGAAACUAUAUCACUGUCUUCUGCAGAAGUAGAGUAUAGGGCCUUAAGGAAAGUAGUGAGGGAAUUGAAUGUUCAUCUCUCUCUCUCUAUCUUCUUCUUCGAGCUUCUCUGUGUUUCAUGGCGUGAGAGCUUAGCUCUUCCACCAAUUGAAGUUCGAUCUGUCUAUAGCUCAGCUGAGGUCCAAAUCAUUGUUCCAUUGCCGGAUUUUGAUGGGUUCUUUUAUACUAGUUUACCAGACUUUAUAGCAUAG